AUGGAUGCCGCCGAACGCGGCGCGAUCGCGUCGAUGCCUCACGACGAUGCGCCGACGACGACCGCCGGAACGACGGAGCUGUUCGGCAAGAUUGACGGCGAGACCGUGCGGUUCCUCGUCCAGAGCUCGUUCGCGGGCGAUCAGCUCGAUGAGUUGAAGCGGCAAAUAGCGAUGUUGCGCAGGCUGCGCGCGGGCGAUCGGUUCGUGCUGCCGGGUCAAGGGACGCCGCGCGCGACGAAGGAGCGCGUUUUUGGCUUGUUGGACUUGGGGUGCGGGGCGGAGUUGCGCCUGAGCGAUGCGACGAAGACGUACUUCACGCACGCCGAGUGGAUGUACUCGUAUAGAGAAUUACCGCUGUUUUCUCAACUUUCGGAUGAAAGGUCGACCGAUGCGGCCAAGGCGAAGUUUGCGAGGAAGCGCGACGGUGACGGUCGAGCCGAGUUGAAUCUAGCCGACGUGAAUAGAUUGGCGACGAAACCGGUGGAGAUUUUAGAACGCGAGGGGAAGAGGUUGUUGGAACACGCACAUUUGCGAGAAAUCGAACGGCUGCGAGAGGAAGCAGAUGCUUUGAAUGAGAUGGACGACGACGGACAACGGCUCGCCUUGGAAAAUCGCAUCAAACAGCUUGAGUUGGUGAGGGUUCAACAGCGAGUAAGAAAUGAGCUCGUGUUUGCGCAACAGGAGAUAAUGCAGAUGCCGGAGCGAGCGUAUAAGAAGAUGGUCAAGGACAACAUCAAAAUACUCGCUGAGAAGAAGAAGAAGGCUGAGAAGAAGGAGAAGCAAGAACAGACAGCGUUCUAUCGCAGUGUGCUAGCAAUGCGUAAACGUAUCAACGAAGAGUCGAACAACGCUCGCGAUGAGCGCUUAGCAAGAAACAAAGCUGUGCUGAAAAUGCACGAAAAGUUGAACCGCGAAUUCAUGCGAAAGGCUCGCGAUGAAAAUUCAGAACGUUUGUUGCGCCUGGAAGCGUUAAAGGCGAACGAUUUAGCCGCAUAUCGCGAGUUACUCGCAGAGGCGAGAGGUCGCGAGACUGAUAUGACAGCUGAAGGCGAGGGUGACAAAUAUGAAGCUUUGACUUCGUUCUUAAACGCAACUGAAUCGUACUUAACCAAGCUUGGAGGGAAAAUUGCCGCGGUGAAGAUUGAGCAAGCGCGUUCAGAAGCCGCCGCCGCCGCCGCAUCAGAGGCCGAGGCCAAAGGUCUUACUGAGGAAGAAGUCAAAGUCGUCGCGGAAGAAGCGGCAAACAGUGCAGCUAUUGAUCAUGGUGAAGCCAUUUUAGACGGUGCUGCGGAUGGUGGAGACACGAAGGAGCGAUACUAUGCCAUGGCGCAUAGUACGCAAGAAAUCAUCACACAUCAACCGCGCAUGUUGACCUUUGGAAAACUUCGCGAUUAUCAGCUCGUGUCCCUGCAAUGGAUGAUUUCGCUGUAUAACAAUAAGUUAAAUGGUAUUUUAGCUGAUGAAAUGGGUCUCGGGAAAACAGUUCAGGUGUGUGCGUUGAUUGCUUACUUGUUCGAAAGCAAGCAAAACUUUGGACCGCAUCUCAUCAUCGUACCAAACGCCGUGAUUGUGAACUGGAAAGCCGAAAUCAGGCGAUGGUUGCCGAAACUAUCCACCGUGUUUUACGUCGGCUCAAAGGAUGCGCGCGCUAAAAUUUUCCAGCAACAAGUUUUGCAGCUCAAGUUCAACGUCCUCGUCACUUCUUACGAGUUCAUCAUGCGAGAUCGAUCCAAGUUGAGCAAAGUGGCAUGGAAGUACAUCAUCAUCGACGAAGCGCAUCGGCUGAAGGAUCGCGAAGGUCGCUUGAGUCGGGAUUUGGAUAAAUUUAGAGCGCAACGUCGCUUACUUCUCACCGGUACUCCGUUACAAAACGAGUUGUCCGAGCUUUGGUCUCUCCUAAACUUGCUCUUACCUGAGGUGUUCGACUCGUCAAAAGUGUUUCAAGAAUGGUUUGGAGGGAACUCGAAGGUUAGUAACGACGCCGACGGCGAAGAUUGGAUCGAGAGAGAAAAGAAGGUUAUCGUCAUUAGUCGUUUGCAUCAGAUUCUUGAGCCUUUCAUGCUGAGACGAUUAGUGCAAGAUGUUGAGAGCAAGCUUCCGCCUCGCGUCACCGUCAUCGUCCACUGUCCGUUCAGCGCCUUUCAGUCAGCUUGUUACGACUGGAUUCGUAAAACGGCCUCCAUUCGCGUUGAACCAGGAACUAGAAUAGGACUGGCGGCACAGCAAAACUUCCGUGGGUACUUGCCACUCCAAAACAGGGCGAUGGAACUCCGCAAGCUCUGCAAUCAUCCGUCGCUGAGUUACCCUCCUGAAAAGGGUGGAGAUUUCCGAGGUCCGAACCUUGUGCGCGCGGGCGGUAAGUUUUGGAUAUUGGAUCGAUUGCUCGUGAAGUUGCAACGCUCAGGGCAUCGAGUGUUGUUAUUCUGUACUAUGACAAAGCUCCUUGACUUGUUGGAAAACUACUUACAGUGGAGAUGGACCACUCCGGAUGGUCAAGACUUGAAGUAUUGUCGCAUCGAUGGAAACACUUCAUUGGAGCAGCGCGAGAUUGCUAUUAACGAUUUCAACGCACCUCACAGCGAUAAGUUUAUCUUCUUGCUCUCUAUCAGAGCCGCUGGUCGUGGUUUGAAUCUUCAGACGGCGGAUACCGUGGUAGUGUACGAUCCAGAUCCAAACCCGAAAAAUGAAGAACAAGCCAUCGCACGAGCGCAUCGCAUCGGCCAAACGCGAGAAGUGCGUGUGAUCCACUUUGAAGCAGUCGACGAUGACAUCGUGCAGAAAAAGAAGGGAAGCAAGAAGGAAGAAGUUGGUUGGGGCGGUCCAAAUAGAAGCUACUGCGAAUCCCUCGAGUCGUCCGUUCGCAACGUCAUUCAAAAACAAAAGAUUGAAAUGGCUGCUGAAAUUGUUGAUGCCGGUAGAUUUGAUGGUCAGACGACGCAUGCCGAACGACGGGAAACUCUCGAAAACCUUCUUCAGCAGCAAGCAAAUGGCACGCGAACAGGCGUAAGCGUGCCUCCGUUAAAAGAACUUAACGGCAAGAUCGCUCGCUCUCAAGAAGAAUGGGACUUGUUCAACCGUUUGGACGAAGAGCUCGAUUGGCCAGGCGCUUUGCUGAGCUCGGCAGAGUGUCCGUCGUGGAUCAAGUACACGCAAGACGAAAUCGAUCAAGCUGUUUUUGCAAACACUAAAGUUGGACAGUCGAGUGUUACGCAGUUCAACGAGAACAUGGGUAGAGGCGCUCGGUCGACAAACAACUUGAACGCGAGCGGAUCGGCGGUGUGGACCCACGCCGACAGACAAGAGGGUGACUUUAUCGAUAGAACUGGCAUAGCCGACGACGAUGGCGAUGAAGAUGAAGAGAGUGAUGACGUAGCCGUACGGGAGGACUCCAUAGAAGAUAUUGGAGAUAUUGAUAUCGAUGAUAUCGAAGACGCUGAAGAUGACGACGACACCACGACUUUGAAUACG